AUGAAGUACAUCCUCAGCCUUGCCCUCUCGGCAACUCUAGCCACUGCGCAGUCCGUCUCCGGAUCUGCUGAGGGCUUCGCCUCCGGCGUCACUGGCGGUGGCGACGCAACCCCCGUCUACCCAGCCGAUGCCGCCGAGCUCGAAAGCCUGCUAUCAGGCGAGGGAGAACAGGUCAUCGUCCUGACCAAGACGUACGACUUCACCGGAACCACCGCCACCGGCACAGCCUGCUACUCAUGGGGCGAGGGCGAGGGAUGUCAAGCCAUCCUGCAGGACGACUGCGGCAGCGACCCCAGCACGAUGGCGACGUAUGAUGCGGCCGGUCCGACGCCGAUUCCCGUCGCCUCGGACAAGACGCUUCUGGGAGAGGGAGAGGGCGCGAUUAAGGGCAAGGGAUUGAGUUUCACCGAUGGGGUGAGCAAUAUUAUUGUGCAGAAUAUCAAGAUCACGGACUUGAACCCGGCGUAUGUCUGGGGUGGGGAUGCGUUGAAUUUUGACGGGAGCAGUUUGAUCUGGAUUGAUCAUGUCGAGACUUCCCUGAUCGGCCGUGUGCACUACGUCUUCGGCUUCGAGGCAAACAGCCAAAUUACACUGUCCAACAACUUCCUCAACGGCGAAACAACCUACUCGACCGGCUGCGACGGAUACCAGUACUGGGGCAUGGAGCUCGUCGGUGCCGACGACUCCAUCACAUUCAAGGGCAACUAUCUAUACAAGACCUCCGGCCGCGCACCCGCACUCAGCGGAACAACCAAGUUCCACGCCUGCAACAACGUCUGGAGCGACAACACGGGACACGCAAUUGAAGGAAACGAGCAAGGGCAGGGUCUCUUCGAGGGCAAUGUCUUUACAGAUAUAGCCAACAUCGCUGACGACACUACCUGGGAGGCUGGAUCGCUGUUCCUGUCUUCGGCGGAUGGAAGCGGCAAUGAUGCCUGCUCGAGCUAUAUUGGCCGCGACUGCACGAGCAGCAUCUACACGAACAGUGAGGGCGGCGAGGGCUAUACCGAUGCGAGCUUCCUGUCUGACUGGGCGGACUUGACGAUUGCGGAGUGUGCUGAGGCGAGUGAGAUUGAGAGUACUGUUCCUCAGAGUGCUGGCGCUACUUUAUAG